AUGAAUGCCAGCGAGAAAGCAGAGAACGAUAACUUGGAAGAAGAAAUUGAGUGGGUAUAUUCUAAUCGACCGGUUACCAAGGCGAACAGUUCCAAGUCUAAGUUCGUAAAGUCGCGAAGGGUCUUUAAUAUGAAGAACAGGGUAUACGUGGGUGGCUUGACUACCCAAGUGACGAAAGAAGCUCUCUACGAGGAAUUUAACUUUCGUUUUGGCAGGAUCGUUGAUAUACAGAUACUAUAUCAUAGGGUGCGUAUUCUAGAAGAUGUAGGCUAUACCAUCUAUUAUCAGUCAUUCGACACUGCUAAAUAA